CUAUGAUCACAAACACGUGUUAAACGACAUCGUAAAACACACGAACUGUUCUGUGUAAUUUUCGCAAACACAGACGAACCCUAGAACCAGAUACUCAGAUUCACAUUCGAUUUCCGUGACGAAUUCACAAAUUGAUAUGCCCAACAGUUCAUCCUCGAAAAAGCACGGUCAAGAUCAGCCUGAAUUUAGUGGUCCCAUCCCUAUAUCUCUCCGAACCAAAAUGGGCAAAUCCGAAGACAACGAUAAGAAGAAUUCAAGUAAGAAAGUCAAAGAUGUAGAAAUAAGUGUUCCAAUAGUGUAUGGAAACAUAGCAUUUUGGCUUGGCAAAAAAGCUAGUGAGUAUCAAUCACAUAAAUGGACUAUAUAUGUUCGUGGAGCAUCCAACGAGGACCUGGGGGUUAUUGUAAAGCGUGCUGUUUUUCAGUUGCAUACUAGUUUCAAUAAUCCCACAAGGGUUGUGGAUGCACCUCCUUUUGAGUUGUCGGAGGCAGGAUGGGGAGAAUUUGAAAUUGCAAUCACACUUUAUUUCCACAGUGAUGUUUGUGACAAGCCUUUGAACUUAUAUCAUCACUUGAAGUUGUAUCCAGAGGAUGAAAACAGUUCCAUGUCCACAAAGAAGCCUGUUGUUGUGGAAUCUUAUGAUGAGGUAGUUUUCCCCGAUCCCUCUGAAGCUUUCUUAGCUCGUCUGCAGAAUCACCCAGUUGUGAACUUGCCAAGAUUACCUCCUGGGCUUACCUUACCUCCUCCUAUUCCAGUUGAAGAUGCAAGUAAAAGGAGGAAAGGCGAUACCAAAGAUAAUCCCUUAAGCCAAUGGUUCCUGAAUUUCUCAGAAGCAGAUGAACUCUUACAGCUUGCAGCAGCUCGUCAGCAGGUUCAAACUCAUAUUUCGAAACUCAAACGACAGAUAACUCUGAUAGAUGGACAACAUAAGCAGCAGCAGCAGCUUAAAUCUUCUUCUGACCAAUAGAUAUACAAUUAGGACUUUGAGGUUUAUUUGCUAAUUACUCAGAAUGCUGUUGAAUGGUUGAUUAAAUCAUCCUCAUCAGCAAGCUGUUUCUUCAGUUGUAAUGUAGUAAUUCAUUUCAUUUUUUCCGCCCCUUUGCCAAAUAAGAUUAACAAGUUCAAUUUGUCUAUUUUGUUGACUAUAAAUAUACAUUCAGUAUAGCUGUUAUAUCAUAUUGACAUGAAAUGAGUAAUAAAUAUACUAGUGGUUGAGAUA